GUCUUGGUUCUGUCAAAAAGUCAGCUGGUUUGGGGUCAAAUGUCAAUGAACUUUUAGAAUUGCCAACACAACAUGUUGUCAAUAGGCAAAAUAAGCCAACCAAGUGAAAAUAUGAAUCUUUAGUUUUUCUCACAGUUUUAUUAAAUUUGACUAAAUUCUCUGCAGGUACUUUUUAACGGAUAAACGAUAUUGAAUUAAUUACCAGAACUACCUUGUACAAGUAGUUCUUGAAUAAUUUUUGAAAAUAUCUCUAACCUCUGUGCCAUUUCAGUCUUCAAAUUAUGCAUUCACAAUGAAAUCCAAUUUAGCCAUACAAUUUAGAAGAGCAUCUAAUGUGAUACCUAGGCGUAGGGUUGUUGUGACUGGAGUUGGUGUUGUAAGUCCACUUGGAGUGGGCGCAGACGUUGUGUGGAAAAACCUCCUUGGAGGGAAAAGUGGCAUUGUUUCUCUUCAAGGAGAAGAGUAUUCAAAGCUACCCUGCAAAGUAGCAGGUGUAAUUCCAUACCAAAAAGAUGACACUGUUGCAAAAGCUUUAUCAAAAUCAAACCUAAGAACUAUGGCUCCAGCAACAUGUUUAGCUUUAGUAGCAACAGCGGAGGCUCUCUCAAAUGCAAAUUGGUUGCCUAAAAAUGAUGAUGAAAGAGAAUCUACUGGUGUUGCAAUUGGUAUGGGUAUGAUAGAUCUUAAAGAUGUUUGUGAUACAAAUGAAGCAUUUAAAUUAGGAUACAAUAAAGUAAGUCCAUUCUUUGUACCACGAAUAUUGCCAAAUAUGGCUGCUGGGCAAAUUAGUAUAAAAUAUGGAUUAAGGGGUCCAAACCAUGCUGUGUCAACUGCAUGCGCAACAGGUGCUCAUUCCAUAGGAGACGCAUUCAGAUUCAUUUGCAAUGGUGAUGCUGAUGUGAUGGUGUGCGGAGGAGCUGAAGCUUGCAUAAGUCCACUUGCUCUUGCAGGCUUUUGUAGACUGAGAGCAUUGAGUACUUCCUUCAAUGAUGAGCCCACUAAAGCUUCAAGACCAUUUGACAAACUUCGUGAAGGAUUUGUAAUGGGAGAAGGUGCAGCUGUGCUAGUUCUUGAAGAAUACCAGCAUGCACUAAGACGAAGUGCAAAGAUAUAUGCUGAAAUUUUAGGUUAUGGUUUAUCGGGAGAUGCAUCUCAUAUUACUACACCCAGGGAAGAUGGCAGUGGAGCUUUGUUAUCAAUGAGCAGAGCCUUAAAAGAUAGUAGUAUUGAUAAAAACAAUGUUACACAUAUCAAUGCCCAUGCAACAUCAACUCCAAUAGGAGAUGGUAUUGAAUCCACUGCUAUCAAAAGGUUAUUUGGAGAUCAUACUCCAAACAUAAAUGUCUCUUCUACCAAAGGAGCACAUGGACACUUACUGGGAGCUGCAGGGAAUUUGGAAGCAAUUUUUACUGUGCUCUCCUGUUACCAUGGCAUGUUACCACCCACACUAAAUUUGGAGGAUCCUGUAGAUGACCUUAAUUAUGUAGCAAAAGAAUCAAGACCAUGGGAAGCUGAAAGGAGGAUUGCUUUAAAAAACUCCUUUGGAUUUGGUGGUACCAAUGCUACACUUUGUAUAAGUCAAUUGUAAAAUUUGUUAAUAAGGUUAUUUAAUAAAACAAAUAAUCACUGUA